AUGAAUUUUUUGGAAUUAUUAAAAUUUUCAACUAUCUGCUUGAUAUCAUUUGCUUUUUUAUUUGGGAAUGUUAUAGACAACGCUUUUGUUAUCUCUUUAUUUUUAUUUCUUGUAAUUCCACUUUUAAACAUUAUAAUUGCAAGGAUUCUAAUUAAUUUAUUAAAGGAAAUAGACUUCGAUGUGCCUUCUGAUCCUAACUCCCCCCCCCUCCGUGAGUGAACAAAAAAAUUUUGUUCACUCACGGAGGGGGUUAAUUUUUUUUUUUUAAAAAAUUUAUAUAUAAAUUUUAUAGAAAAUAUUUUUUUCGAAAUUUAAAAAAAAUCCUGAUUUGCAAAAAUUGGGAAGCAAAUAUUAAUUUAAUUUAUAAAAAAUUUAUGUUUUAAAACGCAAUUUGUUUAAAAUGAAACAGAAUUAGCUCUAGAUUUCAUUAUACUAAUUAUCACUUAUAUAUCAAUUUUUUUUUCCAUAAAAAAUUUUUGUUCACUUACGGAGGGUGUGUUUUUGGUCAAAAAAUAGCGAUUUUUCUAACGGUUUUGUUCACUCACGGAGGGGGGGGGGAGUAAGAGAUUAGCAAAUAUAUAUGUCCUUGAGAGUAAAAUACGGCCGAUUUUUUGCUCAAAUAGCAUCGAAGCUAAAGCAGAAAUUCUCUAUUUUUUAGGAAAAUGCUAUAAUUGUAGCAAAUUACAUGAAAACAAACUUUUAGCAAUAUGGGAAGCAAAUUAUUGCAUUUUUACCUUAAAUGACGAGGCAUUAGCUAAAAUAAAGCUUGAGAGAUCAAAAAAUUCUCAUUUCAGCUUAGAAGGAAACUAUCAAGAAUAUCUAUGCAAAAAAGUCCUUUCUGAGUUCGACACAAAUGAAAGUAUUGAAUAUUUAAAUUAUUUUCAAAAAAUCCAUGAUGCGAAAAAAGAAGAUGAAAUUUUGUGUAUGGAGCUCUUAGAUUUUUGAAAAGAAAUUGUUUCAAUAAAGCCAAAUUUAAAUAUAUUGGAUGACCUUUUAAAAUCAAUACCUGAUUCUAUAUCGUAUUUAGAUGAAGAAUAUUCGCACCUACAUUUAAUGUUUCCUAAAUGCAAAGAAGUACUAAUCCUUUACUCUUCAUUUGCAAGAAACAUAUUAUGCGAUACUGAAAAAUCUACAAUACUAGAGCACAAAAUGCGAUCAAUCGAUAAAUUUGCAAGUGGUACUUCAAAGGACGCUAAAAGUCUAAGUUUUUUUGAUGAAGGAAAUGGAAUUCUACUAGGCUUAGCUGAGCAAAAAAGAUUUGGCCAAAUCACUUUUGCUAAUCAAAGAGCUUCAGAAAUAUUAAAAUAUCCAAUCAAUGGAAUUAUCGAUAACAAAUUGCAGUUUUUUAUUCCUCCUCCGUAUAAUACCUAUACAGAUGAUAUUUUUUAUUCUUCUCUUCAAUAUGUAUCAGACUCACAAAUCAAACUCCCAAAGCACUUUUUCCUCCAAUUACCCAACAAAUCUCUUAUUGAGUGCAAAGGAAAGGCUUCUCUUUCUUGCAUAUCUGGACACUUAAUAUUUAUAUUGGUAUUUAAAAAUCGAAAUAGUUCUCAUCAGUUCGCCUUGAUUUCUGAUGAGGGAGAAAUUUAUUCACACUCAGAGCAUUUCCCACAAUUUGUUGGAAAAUCCAAUAAUAAUUUAAGAGGCUAUAAACUGGCUCCAUGACAAAUGACGAUUUUUGACAGUGUACAUUUUAUCGAAAUCCAUUUGGUCGAAAAUUUUUGAUAGUGCGAAAAUUAACGUUUUUUUUUUCGGUCAAAUGUCUCACUAUCAAAAAUUUUUCGGUGAAAUGGACACUAUCAAAAAGGCAAAAGUCACUUGGCCUACACCCCUAUAAACUAAAAGACAUGCUCCCUGCAUUUCAGCAAGAAAAUAUUAAGCCUUUUUUCCCAUAUCAUCUUUCAUAUAUGGAAAUUGAAACCUAUUUAAUUUUUUGCCAUUCUGAGUUUUAUAGUGUAAAUAUCAAUUAUGUUUUGAUUAUAAACGACCCAGAAGAAAUCGAAGCAUGCCGACGAGGGGAGUUUGAUGAAUUUCAACAGGCAGGAAAAAUUAUAAAAUUUACCUCAAAAAAUAAAAUUUCAUUAAAUUUGAUACGGUCGCUAAGCUCAGAUAACAGUGAUAUAAUAAAAAGAAAAAAAAUACGAAAACAAACAAAACUUGAAGAAUUACCAUGGGACACACAUAUAGGAAAUGUAGACAGCACUGAAGUUGCAGAAGAACAUAGCGGGAAAAGUUUUGAAGAAGAAAAACAUUCAAAUAAAUCAGAUAAUACAUCCCAGCAUUUUGCUUUGAAAAGAAUUGUAAAUUUAUCUUCACGGUCUAUAAAAAUUUUUCAUAUUUCUUUUGUUUUUGCUGUAAUUUUUAUUUACUCCCCCCCCCCCUCCGUGAGCGAACAAAAAAAUUUUGUUCGCUCACGGAGGGGGGUUAAUUUUUUUUUUUAAAAAAAAAUUUAUAUAUAAAUUUUAUAAAAAAUAUAUUUUUUUCGAAAUUUAAAAAAAAUCCUAAUUUGCAAAAAUUGGAAAGCAAAUAUUAAUUUAAUUUGCAAAAUUUAUGUUUUAAAACGCAAUUUGUUUAAAAUUAAACAGAAUUAGCUCUAGAUUUCAUUAUACUAAUUAUCACUUAUAUAUCAAAAUUUUUUUUUCCAUUAAAAUUUUUUCUAUUAAAAAAAUUUUUGUUCACUCACGGAGGGUGGGUUUUUGGUCAAAAAAUGGCGAUUUUUCUAAUGGUUUUGUUCGCUCACGGAGGGGGGGGGGGGAGUUAG